CUUAUUUGAACUCUUUCGUUACGUAUUUCAUUCUUGCUUUUACGUUAAUAUACUACAUUGGCGACGAGGAUCAAGAAUUAAGUUAAUAGCGCUCAAGAUAUCAAGAUGUAUCAGGCACCAGCUCCGCCGGAGUUCCUCUCCAAGCCGGGACAGCGUCCUGGUAACUGGCAGGCGUGGUUCGAGGACUUCAUCAUGUACGGUGAGGCCAGCGGGUGGUCUGAUUGGUCUGACCUCCGCAGGACGGCGUUUCUGUUGACAUCUGUCGGUGCAGAGGCACGUCGUCUGUACCGCGCUGCAGUCUCAGUUGACGAUGCUGACCUUAAGAGCGAAGGUAGCGUGUCUGAUGAUCAUUCCGGAACGCACCUACGUUUUGAUAAGGCCGUAAGCGUUCUCAAGAAACUGUUUGCCAGUGACGCUGAUGUUCGUUCGGCACGUUUGCAGUUUCGACAGAUUAAGCAGCGUCAUGGAGAGUCCAAUGUCAUUUUUCUGGCAAACCUGAGAGAGGCAGUCGCAAAAUGUAAUUUUGGGGAACUGACUGAUGAAAUGCUGCGCGAUGCUUUCAUUGAAGGAUGCAUGUCUGAUCCGUUACGUGACAAACUGAUCAUGACUGACCGACUGACCCUCUCCCAACUGGAGGAACUGGCCGCCGCGCACGAUCGUGGUCUGCAGCGGAAGGCCUUGCUGCAGGGCACCGUGAGCUUCCAGUCACCAGCACCAGUGGAGGUCGCGUUCGCCGGACGCCGGACCAGCGCCCCAGCGCGGAGGACACCACAGAAACAGCUUGCAGUGGAACACGUCAAGGGCCAGCUGAACCCGUCUGACGGCCUCUCCAGACUGCCGGGACCGGAGCAAGAGGUCGAGGAUGACGAGUCCGAGCUGGUGGCCUGCCUCGCCGACGAGACGUCAGCCGUCAGCCGUGAGGAGCUAGCAGUAGCGGGACGGGAAGACGCUGAGGUAAGGGCCCUGAUGGACCAGAUCCCUCGGGAGUGGCCCCGUCGCUUCAGUGAUGUUGAUGACGUCCUCAGGCCGUAUUUCCGCUGUAAGCAGGAGCUAGCUAUCGACGGUGAGCUGGUUUUGCGUGGUGAACGGAUCGUGGUUCCCACUGUGCUCAGACCUCGGUUGCUGACGCUGGCGCAUGAAUCCCACCAGGGCAUCGUCCGGACCAAACAGCGGCUUCGAGCGCUGUUCUGGUGGCCCGGAAUGGACGCAGCGGUGGAGACGACCAUCAAGGAGUGCCCAGCCUGCAUCGUGGCCGACAAGACGGCGAAGACGAGGUUCGCACCACUCAGUCCUGUUCCCCUGCCAGCUGCAGCCUGGGAUAAGGUGGGACUUGACUUCAUCGGCCCGAUGGUAGGACCACCAAAUCAAAGGUAUGCGAUAGUCCUCGUAGACUAUUACUCGAAAUGGCCAGAGAUGGCGUUUGUCCGUGAACCGUCAAGUGAUGCUGUCAUUGACUUUCUGCUGACUGUGACGUCACGGGAGGGAUGGCCAAGGGAGGUUGUCACUGAUAACGGUACUCACUUCACAUCUGUGAAGUUUGGACAGUUUCUGAAGAAGCAUGGUGUCAAGCAUGUCAGAGUGUCACCGUAUCACCCUGCAGGUAGCGGUGCUGUAGAGCGUUUGAAUCGUGACAUCAAAUCUGCUCUCCAGAUGGCGGACCAGCAGUCGGUGGACCGCCGACAGUACCUGCAGUCCUACCUCCGCACGUACCGAGCGACGCCGCACGGAACGACCGGCCGGAGCCCGUCCGAGUUGCUCCACGGCCGGCAGAUGCGGACGGACCUGGACAGCGCAGUCGCACCGGAAGGUGGCAGCACCGGAGACGCCGCCUUGCGACAACGGGUCAGCCGAAAGCAGCGCCAGAUGAAGCGACACUUCGACAACAGGAAGCGGGUCUGCACCGUCUCCUGAGUGCACUGGAGUACCGGAGGCCGAGGUGGACCUGCCCUGUCAGCCAGUCACAGACUCUGCUGCGUCGUCGACCGUCGGGCUGCGACGGCGAGCGCCAAUCGCAGUCGACGCCGCUGCCAGCGCUGCCACUGGUGACGUGACGUCGGAGCAGUCGUCCGUCGCCGGAGCAGCCGCAGCGCCUAGCCUACCUCACGACGCUGGCGAUGGUGCUGUUCAUCGUGCUGGUGGAGAUCACCAGGCGGGAACCGGGACGACGACGACCGAGCGUGCGGGUGACGAGUCGGCGUCACCUUCGGAGCCGGCUUCGCCGUAUCGAACGCGUAGUGGACGUGUCGUACGUGCGCCGGAUCGCUUUGUUUAAGGGGGGGGGGAGAAAAGUGUGGUAUCGUGAUCCUGUGUUGGGAACUUUCCAUCAUGCCGUGCCUGUGUGCGCCGGGCGGCGCCGGCCGAGUAGCGCGGGCGCGGACUCGAGCGCGCGGACCAAUCGGCAGCCGCCACGGCCGCGGUGACCCCGCCGAGCUGACCGGCGCGGCGGUCGGGUCAGAGAGUGCGCGCGG